AUGGGGAUCGUGCUUUGUAAAUGUUUCAACUGUCCACUUCCCGCUAAUUGUAUGUGCUUGUCCAGACAACUGAUUGUCUCUUGUCCUCGUUCGCAUCGCCGUUUUGAGUUAAUAACAAAUACACAACAGAGCGCGCGUCAUACUGGAACGCGGGAACAGCCGAUGUCGAAAAAACGAAAAACUCCUGACGACGGUGGAAGUGGCGGCGGGGAGCACGCGGGCACAGAGGAUUACCUUGUCCAAGGUCUGACAGAUGAGAAAGUGAAGGCUUAUCUGUCCCUCCACCCGCAAAUGCUGGACGAGUUUGUGCUGGAGAGCGUGAGCGCAGACACCGUACACAAAUGGCUCAAACGCAAGAACAGCGCUCAGCCUGCAGAUGAUUCCACAGCUAAAGAAGUCAGCAGGUAUCAGGAUACAAAUAUGCAGAGCGUGGUAUAUGAGCUGAACAGCUAUCUGGAGCAGCGGCUGGACACUGGAGGAGACAACAAACUGUUGCUCUAUGAGUUGUGCAACAUCAUCAAAACAGCCACAAAAGCUGAUGGAUUUGCACUUUACUUCCUUGGAGAAUGCAACAAUAGUUUAUGUUUGUUCACUCCAACGGGGGCAAAAGAGGGGCUUCCUGGGCUCAUCCCUUCUGGUCCCAUCACUUUUGGGACCACCAUCGCCGCUCAUGUUGCAAAGACACGCAAGACACUACUUGUAGAGGACAUCAUGGGGGAUGAGCGGUUCCCUCACGGCACAGGGCAGGACUCAGGGAUUCGUGUUCACUCUGUUUUGUGUCUACCCAUCCUCACCGCCAUCGGAGACCUCAUUGCCAUCCUGGAGCUUCACCGGCAUUGCGGCCGAAAGCCCUUCAACCUCAGCCAUCAGGAGGUUGCAACAGCAAAUUUGGCCUGGGCAUCUGUAGCCAUACACCAGGUUCAGGUCUGCAGAGGUCUUGCCAAACAGACAGAACUCAAUGACUUUCUUCUAGAUGUGUCAAAAACGUACUUUGACAACAUUGUGGCAAUAGAUUCUCUACUUGAACAUAUCAUGAUAUAUGCAAAAAACCUGGUUAAUGCGGACAGAUGUGCGCUCUUCCAGGUAGAUCACAAUAACAAAGAGCUGUACUCCGACCUGUUUGAUAUUGGGGAGGAGAACGAAGGGAAGCCUGUCUUUAGGAAAACCAAAGAAAUUAGGUUUUCCAUAGAGAAAGGAAUAGCUGGUCAGGUGGCACGAACGGGAGAAGUUUUGAAUAUUCCGGACGCCUAUGCAGACCCUCGUUUCAACAGAGAAGUAGAUCUCUACACUGGCUACACAACACGCAACAUCCUGUGCAUGCCCAUCGUCAGCCGCGGGACUGUGAUUGGUGUUGUACAAAUGGUGAACAAGAUGGGAGGAAGUGCCUUCACUAAAACUGAUGAGAACAACUUUAAGAUGUUUGCUGUCUUCUGUGCUUUGGCCUUACACUGUGCAAAUAUGUAUCACCGGAUAAGACAUUCAGAGUGCAUUUACCGGGUGACAAUGGAGAAGCUUUCAUACCACAGUAUCUGCACGUCAGAGGAGUUGAAGACCCUCACGCAGCUCUCGCUCCCUUCAGCCAUAUACAAAGAGAUUGAAAUGUUUCACUUUGACAUUGCCCCUUUUGAAGAACUUUGGCCUGCAAUAUUUGUGUACAUGGUUCACAAUUCUUGUGGGAAAACCAGCUUUGAGCUGGAGAAACUGUGUCGCUUCACUAUGUCAGUGCGGAAAAAUUACAGACGAGUUCCAUACCACAACUGGAAACACGCUUUGACGGUGGCACAUUGUAUGUAUGCCAUUCUGCAAAAGACCUCUGGGAUUUUCACAGAGCUUGAGAGGAAAGGGUUGUUGAUUGCCUGCUUAUGUCAUGAUUUGGACCACCGUGGCUACAGUAACAGUUACCUGCAGAAAUUUGAUCAUCCGCUGGCCGCCCUGUAUUCCACAUCCACAAUGGAACAACAUCAUUUUUCCCAGACGGUGUCAAUUCUGCAGCUGGAAGGGCACAAUAUUUUCUCCAACCUGACUUCCAGUGAGUAUGAGCAGGUGCUGGAGAUUAUAAGGAAGGCCAUCAUUGCCACAGAUCUCGCUCUGUAUUUUGGCAACCGUAAACAAUUGGCUGAACUGCUGGCCACAGGGGCACUGGACCUGAACAACCAUGCUCACAGGGACCGUGUGUUUGGUCUGAUGAUGACUGCCUGUGACCUCUGCUCCGUUACCAAACUAUGGACAGUCACACGACUCACAGCCAAUGACAUAUAUGCUGAGUUUUGGGCUGAGGGGGAUGAAAUGAAGAAGACUGGAAUGCAGCCCAUCCCAAUGAUGGACAGGGAUAAGAAGGAUGAAGUUCCCCAGGGUCAGGUGGGAUUUUACAAUGCGGUGGCUCUUCCCUGUUAUACAACCCUGUCAGAGUUGUUUCCUCCCUCCAUUCCUCUACUUACUGCCUGCAGUGAAAACUUGACCCAAUGGGAACGUCUUGUGCGAGGAGAGGACAUCUCUACAUUGCCGUCUACCGAGGAGGCUGAACUGAGCGAGACAUCAGACAGUGGACCAGUCAAAGUGGACAACUGAAUCUGUGGCACCUAACACAGCAACAUCUACACCCUGCCAGAGACACUGGACUUCCUGUGGACGGUCCCACAUUAUGCAGAGAUAGGAGGAAGCAAAGAUGGCAGGCAGGGAAGGACACAUUAAGAAAAUAAACAAAACAUAAUGUUACCUCAGUAGGUGACAGAGGCGUACACUGAUGACAUCAGGGCAUCGUUGUUGGCAGGCACUCAAUCCCGGUCUGUGUGGGAACCUUUCGGCAAAAUGGACGUCAUUAUUGUCAGGUCGCUUUUGCAUAUUUUAGAUGAUUGUUUUUUUGUUUUGUUUAGUUUUUUAUUUUGAUCAGCUUAUUUUGUGGUCUUACAAUUAAAGAGGCCUUAAAAUAUGAACCUGAGUUACGAUCCAAUGACUCGUAACUAGAAGACAGUUCGAGUAGUUUAAAAUGGUACUUUAUGUCCUGCUGUGGUCAAAGUUGUACGCAAAGCUACUUGAAUUGUUCAAGAGGGACACAAGGAAUGUUUAGUCAAACUUAAAGUGCAUGUAGCACAGUAAACCCACCGCUCUGGUGGUCUGAUGAAGGUUUUCUAAAAUACUUUGAGCAAAAAUUUUUUGCAGGACUUGAAAGAAUAAAUACAGCCUAGUUUGUGUGGAGUUGAAAACAAGAAUCCCCCAAAGCACAUCCAUCCAAAGCAAAGAGCUUCUGUGAUGCCGUAAAUGACUUGAGUCACAUGCAGGCCACAGCACUCUCACUGAAAUCUGAUAAGAAGAUAAGCUUUAACCUGUCACUUUAACUCUUAAUAUUACUGAUAUUAAAGAGGUCAUAUCUUGAUCUUUUGAGAUAAAAGUGCUUGAUGUACUUUAAAAAGAUUAUUCUUAAACACCAAAAGAGCUAAGAAUAAGAGUAAAAGGUCGAAAAUAUGUGCUGUUUCUGACUGUGUAGUACCUGCCGCUCUGCAUAUCCAUCUGAAGAAUCCCUUAGAAAUGAGUGACUGAAGUGUAUUUAAACAAGAUACCUGAUCAUUUCAAUCUCAUCUUAACAGUUUGAGUGACACAUUUCAAUUUGUUUUGUGAAACUCACACUGCAGUCCCGCAGCUUGCAGGUGAGUGAAGUAUUGUUGUAAAGUGAAGAGGACGAUUUUAUAAAAGACCUAAAGACACAGCAGCAAAAAAACAGCUUGUUUAUUUCUUAAGAGUCGGAGUUUGGUAUGACUGUUUUUGGAAAAUAUAAAUAAAAUUCUUUAUUAAGUUGACCUCAUGAGAAAAUCAAAUGAUAUUACACCUUUAAAUCAUUGUAAGAAAAAAACUGAGUGUGCAUACAGUCACUGAAAACAGAAACGGAGUCAUUGAUAAUUGUGUUUGUGGUCCAGUGCCUAAAUAUCAGACAGGAGGUAAAUAACAAUACGUUUUUCUAAGGCCACGUCCACACUAAUAAUUUUUAGCCUUCACGUUUUAGCCUUCCGUCCACACCGAGUCUGUGUUUUUGACUGCAAAAACUGAGCUUUUCCAAGUGGAUACAUUUAAGAAACCAUAUUUGCAUUGUAGUGUGGACAGGGAAGAUGGAAAUAUCUGAAAACGAUGACGUAUUUAUUGUCAUGUGAUGCAAUCAUGUGAUCCAUUCAGCCCAAAACAGUCAAGAUGGCUGCCCACAUUGUAGCAGCAUUAUUGUGCCUGUUAUUCACUUUCAUUCCUUCAAAGGCAAAGCAAAAUUGAAUCGGAAUUGCUUUCCUGCAACGAAACACGAGGUCAAUUAAGUUUGAGCCUGUACAUGGAAUGGCAAUUUUUCACAUACGCAGAAAGGGUAUUUAAGAGUUUCAAUACAUUUUAGUGUGGACAUAAAACUUUUGGAAAACGCUUGAAAACGGCAGUGUGGAUAGAGCAUUUAAAAAACGAAAACACUAUAUUUAAAUGUAUACAAAUUAAUGUGGACGUAGCCUAAAAUGUAUAAAAUAUACUAGAUAUGCAAAUGUGAUCAUAGACAUGUAAAAAAUCAACAGAUAUUAUCAGCCUGGUCUCAUGAAAAUUAAGUGACUGUAGCAAAUUUUUGCAAAUUGAUAUUACGUGGUUCAUUACUCGUAUCGGGACAGUUACGAGGUAAAAUGUCCACUGCGUGGCGCUAAAAGGGAUUUACAUUUUCUUCCAAACAGAUGAGAUUUUUUUAGGUUAAUGCUCUAUGUUAAGGAUGUUCUGAAAUUGGAAAAUACUCCAAUACCAAAAACCGAUACCAUCUUGCGUACGAUAGUCAUUAUGAAAAUAUACAGCGCACAAAUUAAAACCACGUUAUGUCCUAGUGUGAUUAUUAAACCAUUGCUAUUUAAUAUAUAGUUUCCAUUUGCUGCACACUUCAAAGUGAAUGUGUGGAGCCGGUGUUGUGCAGACAACAGUUGCUCAUACCUUUUUAGAACUCUUUGGCUCAUACACAGAAAACACCAUCAUAAGCAUUGUGCACACUGACAGCGAGCAGAGUGCUAAUUCACUUUGAAGCACAAGGCACAUACAGACUAAAUAUUUAUUUAAUUAAAUAGCAGCCUUUUUUAGUUUAAUAAUCACAUUGGGUUAUAAUAAUUUCUUGUUGAUGAGAGAGAUUAACGGAGAAUGGCCAGACUGUUUCGAGAUAGAUACGGUAACUCAGAUAACCACUCUGCACAGGUUCUGUAUAAAAGCACUUCAUUUGAUAAAAUAUGAAACAAUAUUAAGUUGAAAAUUAAUUGUUCUAUUUUCAUUUGAUUAAAGUUUUAAUGAAUACAUUUAUUUAAACACCAUUUUGAUGCUAAAAUGAAAAUAAGCUCUUGAUAUGGAAUUCAGAAUAAAAUAAACAAACGGGUAUCGGCGAGUACAGAAAAGGAACUAUCAGUACUCAUAUUCGUUUGCAAAAAAUUGUAUCAGGACAUCCCUUCUCUAUAGAGUUUUAAAUGAACAAAACCGACUUACCUACUUCAAAACUUAAACCUAAACCUAACCGAUAAUGUAAUAAAAGCACAUGUCAAAUGAAAAACUCUGAAGAAACUGCUGUAUUUUGUGGUGCUUCUAUGACACAUUCGGCUCACCUGUCAACUCGCAUUCUCUUCAGGACUCGUGCCCAAAUUAUCAUUUUAUUAUUGUAGGCACGACAAAUCAAUUUUGACCUUUUAUUUCCCCGUGCAUCAGUGUCCUAGUCUGUCAACUGAUACAAUAAUAAGCAAAAGAUUAAUGGCUGAACAUGUUGGGGGAAAAUAUUGAUUCAUGUCCCGUGUGUAAAUAUGUAAAAAAAAACACUGCCUACUUUAAAUAGUCCAGUUAUGUGGCAAAUAACUGACCCUUCGCUAAGCCCCACCUUAAAAAUGUAACUGAUCAAUCAUUCCUUAGCAACUGUUCCCAUCUGCCAUAUUAUCAGAAAAGCUUUUGCUCUUUUCUAAUACAUGUCUAUGGAAGUCCUGUAUGUUUGGAUAGUUUUAAACAAAAAUGAUAGAAACAUGCCAACGUAGGCCAACAUGUUUUCCAUUUUCUUGUCUUUUUAAAAGCAUUUAAAAUUUUGUGUACAAACAUCUAAUAAACAUCUUAAAAAGAGCAGAUUUACACCCAUUUUAAAUCAGAAACAUCUCAAACACAUCUGCUGAAUGUCCUUUUGACAUCCGAGAGGAAAUUUCUUACAGAUGUUUUGCAGAUGAGUAAACAGUCUAAAAAUAUGUCUUCCAGAUGAAAGCACACAUUCAUUGAUUAUGCGUUUAUGCCUCUCAUCCACACUAGAACGGCAUUUCCUCCACCGAAAGCAGAGUGUUUUUCGGAAAAAGCUCUCCAUUACUGCAUACUUUGGAAAACCAUAACUUUAGGAAACUGAAAGUAGUGUUUGCAAAUCAAAACGGAUCAGUGUGGAUGUAGUCUACCAAUGCUUUGCAAUGUCACACUUUAUUCCAACCUGCAUAAGAAUAACAUCCAUUCCACUUACAAUCCAUUCAACAUACCACAUUAUUAGCAUAAUGGGUCAUGGCACCACUCAAUUUUCUUUCAAAACAGUAACCAAGUGGGCAGAUUGGGGCCAAAUGUAAACAUUUAAGAGAUCUGGGUCAAUUGAAAAUGCAUACUUUGGAAAUAGAAUCUUUAGAUCAUUAAUUGUCAAGCUGACUUAAAAUAGCUGCAUCCUUAGAAAAUGUUUGUUAUAAUCAAUAUAAUGCCUUAGUUUGAAAUGCCUAGUGUUUGUUUCAUUUGCUUGUUUGUUUUUUACCUGUAAGAUGAGAUUUGCAUGUGCGGACCCUGCAGACAGUGAUGGACCUCUGGCUGACUGCAGGACUGCUGAGUGAAUGUAGUCAAUACUGUCACAAACUGCUUCAAGAGGCCUGCUAGUUUUUAAGUGUACCAAAGCAGUGCAUCAUCAGAUAGGGAAUGUUAAACAUGGCUUCCAAUGGUUGUGUGUCAGUGUGCACACUGUGUGUUGAGAGAGAAUGAGUUUGUAAGCUACAUUAUAAUGGUGCUAUCUUAGGCGGGCAUGCACUUUUUGAUCCUGUGUGCAUGUGAGUAUACUGUAUGUCCGUGUGUGUGUGUGUGUGUGUGUGUGUGUGUUUGCUCUGGACUAAUACUACAACCCCCCCCCCUCCCCCUACAGAUUUGGGAAGAUGUAUACAGCACCACUCAACUCACCAAAUCAUCCACAAACAGUUGUUUUUCCUCUCAUAUGCACUAUGUUUAAAGACUAUAAUUAUUAUUGUAAUUAAUAAUAUUGUUUCUAUUAUAUUAUUAUGAUUGCCACAAUUAUUAAUUAUUAUCAUUGUUAUUUUGUUAGUUAAUUUUUAAAUUAACUUAUAUUUUUUUAUACAAAAAGAUUAGCAAUUUUGUUUUGUACAGAACAAAUUGUACAUUGUGGGGAAGAAAAUGGUCAUUUAGAGCCACUGCAUAAUGUUGCCCGAGAUACAUGUCUCAACUCUAAAUGUAAGAACAGUAAUUAAUUUUAUUAAAUAUUUC